GCUCUCCUGUGUCCUGCCCUGCUUCAACUUGGCUUCGACUUCAAAUGCUUGGAUUAAUAGCCGAAUGGAUCUACUGGCGCCUGCAGCAUUGGAUCUACCCGUGCAGCCAAGUUCAUUCGACAACGCGAGCCUCGCCAAGCAACCCUGGUCGUACAGUGACGCGUCCAUUGGGAUGUGCACCGCAGCGAACACAUAUAUACGCCCACCGAGACCAACCUUCCUUGGGCACGGCACCGCAGCGAAAACGGUGCACUCAACUAUGCUGCUAUUCCAGGCGAUGCUCUCCUGUGUCCUGCCCUGCUUCAACUUGGCUUCGACUUCAAAUGCUUGGAUUAAUAGCGGAAUGGAUCUACUGGCGCCUGCAGCAUUGGAUCUACCCGUGCAGCCAAGUUCAUUCGACAACGCGAGCCUCGCCAAGCAACCCUGGUCGUACAGUGACGCGUCCAUUGGGAUGUGCACCGCGGCGAACACAUAUAUACGCCCACCGAGACCAACCUUCCUUGGGCACGGCACCGCAGCGAAAACGGCGCACUCAAAUAUGCUGCUUUUCCAGGAACGCUACGUUCGACUUCAAGACCAGUGACAGUACGAACUGGAACAAGUUCGAGGCGCUUGUAGAUG